AUGUCAUUCAGUAGUAUCUAUUUGCCGGAAACGCCUGUCCAAAAGACUGAAGAUUAUGGCAAUAUACUACUACGGAAAAUCCAUAAGGCAUGUAGACAAUCUCUGCCUGAGCCUGACCUUUCUCUGAAUCUAGAUGUUGCUGAUCACGUUAAUUCCAAGCAAGGUUCAGCUCCUAGGGACGCUUGUGUGGCUAUUGUAAAGUUGAUAAAUUCCAAGGGCACGCGUACAGCCGUUUUUGCUUUGUGUCUAUUGGACGUGUUAGUAAAGAAUUGUGGCUAUCCAAUUCAUUUACAGAUAUCAAGGAAGGAGUUCUUAAAUGAACUUGUCAAAAGGUUCCCAGAGCGCCCCCCGCUUAGGUAUACCAAAGUCCAAAGAUUGAUUUUGACCGCUAUAGAGGAAUGGUAUCAAACGAUAUGUAAGCAUUCCAACUAUAAGGAAGAUAUGACAUAUAUCCGGGACAUGCACAGCUUGUUAAAAUACAAGGGCUAUGUGUUCCCCAAGAUCAACCAGGAGGACUUGGCUGUUUUAAGACCAAGUGACAACCUAAAAACGCCCAAGGAACUGCAAAAGGAACAAGAUAUUGCACAAGCUGCCAAAUUGGAGGAACUUAUUAGACGCGGAAAACCAGAUGAUUUGAGAGAAGCUAAUAAAUUGAUGAAGAUUAUGGCAGGUUUUAAGGAGGAUAACGCCGUGAAUGCACGGAAGACACUAGAAAAUGAAAUAACAAAAUUAAGGCGUAAAGCAGAUUUAUUCAGCGAGAUGCUAAGUGCAUCAGAGUUGACUGAUUUGAAGGAUGAUACAAUAGUAGAAUUGUACAGUUCUUUGAAGUCUUCUCAGCCAAAAUUCCAGGAAAUUAUAAAUGAUGAUGAGACAGAUGACUCAAUUGUCCAAGAUUUAUUACAGUUUAACGAUGUAGUGAAUCAGUUAUUGCAGAAGUACCAACUACUAAAGGACAGAUCUUCAGGAGGUGUACAUGAAGUAGCAUAUAAAGUAAAUGUAAACGAAAAUGCUACGACAUUAGCAAAUGAAAUUAAUUUGAUAAACUUUGGGGAUGAAGAUAGUGAACCAAGUUCACCAGCAGUUGGAGGCCCAUCAGACGGUUCCAUUGAUGAUAUUCUAGGUGAAUUGAAUAAUUUGGAAUUCUCGCAAUCGCCGCUAGAUUAUGGGGCUGGUGGUAGCAUUUCAUUUGCUGCACCACAUCAACAUCAACAACAACUACAGCAGCAGCAGCAGCAGCAGCAGCAGCAACAGCAGCAGCAGCAGCAAAAACAUCAUCACCAUCAUCAUCAACAGCAACAGCAACAGCAUCAGCAACAGGUACCAUCGGUUGAGGUAACGUACAACCAUGACCCAUUGGAUCUGCUUAGCGACGAUACCAUGGCUUCAACUCAAGAAAUCGUGAGUUCUGCUGCACCUUAUCAAGGGUUUAAACUACCAGUUAAGACCGUGCCUGAGUCAUCUGAAAUGAACAACAAACCAUUCAAACAUCCUGAGCGUAUAUUACUAAAUCAAUCUGAACAUUUAAGAUUGGAGUUCGAAUUGGAAAGGAUAAGCGACACAAAAAUUAAAACAACGUCCUAUUUUACCAAUGUUUCUAACAGCGAUAUCACUGACGUUACAUUUAUGCUCGCAGUCCCAAAAAGCUGUACAUUGAAGCUAUUCCCACAGUCUGGUAAUGCCCUAUCACCGGAUACAAAGGACAGCAUCAGCCAACAGGGGCAAAUUGAACACCCCGAACUUGAGGAUUCAAAACCAUUAAAGAUCAAGUGGAAAAUCACUUAUAAUUAUAAUGGUUCCGAUAUCGAGGAAACAUCCAUAUUCACCUUGCCACCUGUUUGA